AACCCCUCGUCCAGCAAAGACCGAACCCCAAAUCGAGCCGAGCCGCUCGGCCUCGCUCGAUCUGCCCCGCCCCUCGCGCCGCCGUCCUCCGCCCAACUCCUCGCCUUCCUCCGCCCCGCUCCGGCAUCGAGCUCCGCCGCGCCGCCGUCCGCGCGUACAAGCAGACCUAAAAUCCAAUCACCCGUCCCUUGCCCCCUCCUCCCAUUAUUCUCCUCCUCCCAAAACCCUAACCCUAGCACAGACACCAGCCGCCAUGGCGCUCACCACCCGCGGCGGCGGCGGCGCCGACCAGGCGCAGCCUCCGCCGGCUCCCGACGCGAGCCUCGGCUUCCUCACGAAGCGCGACACGGAGGUCAAGCUCCCCCGCGCGACGCGGGUGAAGAACAAGACGCCAGCGGGGGUCCAGAUUACCGCCGAGCAGAUCCUCCGGGAGGCCCGGGAGCGGCAGGAGCCCGAGAUCCGCCCGCCCAAGCAGAAGAUUACCGACGUCCACGAGCUCGCGGACUACCGGCUCCGCGAGCGCAAGAGGUUCGAGGACCUCAUUCGCCGCGUCCGCUGGAGCGUCUCGGCGUGGGUCAAGUAUGCCAAGUGGGAGGAGGGGCAGAAGGACUUCGCCCGGGCUCGCUCCGUCUACGAGCGCGCCCUGGACGUCGCCCACCGCGACCACACCCUGUGGCUCAAGUAUGCGGAGUUCGAGAUGCGCAACCGCUAUGUCAACCAUGCCAGGAACGUCUGGGACCGUGCCGUCUCGCUCCUCCCCCGCAUCGACCAGCUGUGGUACAAGUAUAUCCACAUGGAGGAGCUGCUUGGUGCCGUCGCCAAUGCUCGGCAGGUCUUUGAGCGCUGGAUGGGAUGGCGUCCUGAUAUUGCUGGCUGGAACUCGUACAUCAAGUUUGAGCUGCGAUAUGGAGAGGUUGAGCGCGCUAGGGCAAUCUAUGAGCGGUUUGUCGCCGAGCACCCGCGGCCCGACACGUUCAUCCGAUAUGCAAAGUUUGAGAUGAAACGUGGAGAAGUAGAGCGGGCGCGACGUGUGUAUGAGCGUGCAGCGGACCUGCUCGUGGAUGAUGAAGAUGCAGAGGUGCUGUUUGUAGCAUUUGCUGAGUUUGAGGAGAAGUGUCGGGAGGUGGAGCGUGCUCGUGCGAUAUACAAGUAUGCGCUUGACAGAGUGCCUAAGGGCAGGGCUGAGGAUCUUUACAGGAAGUUCCUGGCAUUUGAGAAACAAUUUGGUGACCGUGAGGGGAUUGAGGAUGCCAUUGUGGGCAAGCGGAGAUUCCAAUAUGAAGAUGAGGUGAGGAAGAACCCACUCAACUACGACUCAUGGUUUGAUUACAUCAGGCUGGAGGAGAGCGUCGGGAAUAAGGACAGGAUCAGAGAUGUGUACGAGAGGAGUAUCGCAAAUGUUCCUCCUGCAGAAGAGAAGCGGUACUGGCAGAGGUAUAUCUACCUUUGGAUAAACUAUGCUUUGUAUGAGGAACUUGAUGCACAGGACAUGGAAAGGACCCGGGAGGUCUAUAGGGAAUGUCUGAAACUCAUUCCACACAAGAAAUUUACCUUUGCUAAGCUGUGGCUGAUGGCCGCGCAGUUUGAGAUAAGACAGAAGAACAUAAAGGCUGCACGGCAGAUUCUCGGUAAUGCAAUAGGUAUGGCACCGAAGGGGAAAAUAUUUAAGAAGUACAUUGAGAUCGAGCUUUAUCUGGGCAACUUUGACCGCUGUAGAACUCUGUAUGAAAAAUACAUCGAAUGGUCUCCAGCAAAUUGUUAUGCCUGGAGGAAGUAUGCUGAACUGGAAAAGAACCUUAGUGAGACUGAUCGUGCUCGAUCAAUAUAUGAGCUUGCUAUCGCUCAGCCAGCCCUUGAUACGCCUGAAGUUCUAUGGAAGGAGUACUUGCAAUUUGAAAUUGACGAAGAUGAAUUUGAUAGAGCAAGAGAACUCUAUGAGAGAUUGCUUGAUAGAACAAAGCAUUUGAAGGUAUGGAUCAGCUUUGCUGAAUUCGAGGCCUCAGCUGGCUUGGGAGAAGACGAUGGAAGUGAGGAGAAUAAGAAUGAUGUUGGUUAUCAGGAACAGCAGGCAGAGCGGGUCCGGAGGUGUCGGGCUGUCUUUGAAAGGGCAUUCGACUACUUCAGGACCAAUGCUGCAGAGCUAAAAGAAGAAAGAGCAAUGCUCCUGGAAGAGUGGCUCAAAAAAGAGUUGAGCUUUGGUGAUCUUGGUGAUGUCACUUUAGUGCAGAAGAAGGCGCCAAGGAAAGUGAAGAGGAAGAGACCACUCCCCACAGACGAUGGCUCCAGUAUUGCGUACGAGGAGUACAUUGACUAUAUCUUCCCUGAUGAAGUUACGCUGGCCCCGAACCUCAAGAUAUUGGAAGCUGCUUACAAGUGGAAGAAGCAGAAGGCAAACGACACAGAGGAUGACUGAUCUGAACAUCGAGAGGCUACCUGUUGUGAAUGGUUUUCCCACCAUCAGAGAUGAGUGCCACCAUGCCAAAAUCAGAAGCAGAGAAGGUUUCCAAUACGUUCGGUGGAGGCGUGGAGUUUGCGCUGCCUCUUACCCUACAUAUGGCCUUUUUUUGCGGCUUGUUCAGUUGAGAUAUCGAAGCAGUAUCUCUGACAGAUGGAUGCUGAAUUAUCUGGGUUCUGUUACCCCUGUAUUGAACGGUAUGUUCGUUGUUAGGAGUCAAUUUAUCUUGGUUUUGUUACCCCGGUUCCUUGGGUUGAAUGUAACUCAACAUGUAUUAUUUGAGCUUAGCACUAUAUCAUGUUUCUCCCA